AGGGAAGAUGAUACGAUUACAGAAGGCGGAAAAGAGGAGGGCGGCAGGUUACGGGGCACUCACACACACACAUACAUACACACAAUGCCUCCCACAGAAGGGCAGUGACAGGUAGUGUGGCUUCGGGCUAUAAGACGUAUGGCGGGUGUGGUGGGUGCGACGGGGUACGGUGGGUGUUCAUCGACAGCCGCGACAGGCGAGUGGGAGACACAGUGGCUGUGACUGUUACAGACAGUGAGUACGGCCUAAGACGAGUUUCGACAAUUGAUGGAGCAUGAGCAUGAGCAUGAACAUACCUAGGUAUGUGUGAAUGUAAGCAUGAGCCUUGGAUUGCGUGCGAGCAAGGUGAGUGAGUUGGCGGGGCUAACGAAUCAGAUGCCCAGCGCCACAAGAGUCGAGGCCGUUGGAUUCCCCAUGAGUGAUGCGUUUUCAGCGUCCCUGCGACGCUUGCGGCCCGGCAGCCUGUUCCUCCAAGCCACUAGAUGGCGACCACAGUGAAAUGCUGCCAGCUAGAAGCUAAUUACCUCGGCGUACCGUGUGCGAGCAAGCGUGCGAGACAAGCAUGGCCGAGUUAGCGCAACCUUCAUAUUAGUGUGUAACAGCAUCGAGGCGCCAAAAG